UUUUUGUUUUUGUGCUCAUCUAACAUUUGACAAUGGACCACCCAAUAUCCCACGCCUAUAUACACAUGCCAUACCCGCUAUUCCACUCAAUCCCACAAACAUUGAGAGUUCCACCAAACUUCUAGCACCUCUCUCUCUCUCUCUCUCUCUCUCUCUCUCUCUCUCUCUCUCUCUCUCUCGCUCUCAUGGGUGCUUUGGCCAUUUUUGGGAAAAUUUUUGUAGUGUUGGUCUCUUUUCUUCACCAUGUAAAUGGCCGCUUUCAGUACCUAAAUGAACAGUGUGAUUUUUACAAGGGAAACUGGGUUUUUGAUCCAUUACAAUCUCAUUAUGAUUCUUCAAACUGUCCCUUCAUAGAGAAACAGUUUGAUUGCCAGAAAAACGGUCGUCCAGACAACCUUUAUCUCCAAUUCAGAUGGCAACCCUUCGGCUGCAAUUUACCAAGAUUCGACGGUGAAGAUUUCCUGCGGAGAUUCAAAGGAAGAAGCAUAAUGUUUGUUGGGGACUCGUUGAGUUUGAACCAAUGGCAAUCUCUCACUUGCCUGCUUCACACAGCUAACCCACAAGCCAAAUAUUCAUUGGCUAGGACUGGAGGACUCUCCACCUUUACAUUUCCGGCAUACAAUGUAAAGAUUAUGUUCUCCCGGAAUGCGUUUCUGGUUGAUAUCGCAAACACAAGUGCUGGAAGAGUUCUAAGACUGGACUCCAUUGAAGGUGGAGAAAUUUGGAAAGGGGUCAAUGUGUUAAUCUUCGAUACAUGGCACUGGUGGCUCUACACAGGAAGAAAAAAACCAUGGGAUAUUUUCCAAGAAGGAAAUAUGACAUACGAUGAGAUGGAUCGCCUGGUUGCAUACGAGAAAGCUCUGAACACAUGGGCUAAAUGGGUCGACACCAAUGUGAAUCCCUCAAUCUCCAAGGUCUUCUUUCAGGGUGUUUCACCAGACCAUAACAAUGGAAGUGACUGGGGCGAUCCAAGUGCAAAGAACUGUGAGGGACAAGUUAGACCAUUUAUGGGGCCUAUUUAUCCAGCAGGAGCACAUAAAGCCCAGAUUGUAGUAGAGAAAGUGUUGCGUUCCAUUUCAAAGCCAGUGUUUUUACUGGAUAUUACAACACUUUCACAGCUCAGAAAAGAUGGUCAUCCUUCUGUUUAUGGCCAUGGUGGCCAUAAUGACAUGGACUGCACCCAUUGGUGUCUUCCUGGAGUCCCUGAUACUUGGAAUCAGCUACUAUAUGCAGCUCUUAUAGAAACGUAAACCACUAUAUUUAUAUGUUAUAUAUACAUAUAUAUAUAUUGGAAUUCAUAUUA